AUGGCGAGUGAUCAUUGUACUGAGAGCUCAGGGCAGUGGAAAAUCCCAGAAGUCCCUGAGUGCUUUCAUGGUGAGCUUACGCGUCAGGAUGCAGAGGAAAGACUGCUGCGCUUUUCUCUUCCAAACAGUUACCUUCUUCGUCUUAGCAUCUACGAAAAUGAAGGAACUGGCCAAAUAUCCCUCUAUUAUGCCCUCUCUUUCCUUACAUCAAAGCUUGUUUGUCAACAUUACAAACUUGUCCCACGAUUGCAAUCAUUCCAACUUGGCGAGCGUCUUUUCCAGUGCUUGAAAUGCAUUCUUUCUCGAUACUAUCAGUGCCCCUUAAUUCCUGGGGAAUAUUUACGUGUUCCUAUUCCUCCGUGUAGUCCACCUCAGGAGUUCUACACACGUCGAGUUAGAGCUAUUCGAAGGUAUGAACCACCUUGCAAUCUACGACUUGGCUGUAAACCUGACGAUGAAUUCCUUGUUGUGGAUGAUGAAUCUCACUCAGACUGGAUGCUCGUCACUUCUGUGCAGACUCGACAGAGUGGAUAUCUUCCUAAAUUCUGUCUUGAGAAGGUCUACCCGGAAAUAAUCGAGCGUCUUCCAUUUUUUCACGAAGACAGCACUUCUCUCGAACAACAGGAACUUCUUAAACAGAAUGGACCGUUUAGUUACUUGUUACGACUCUGUGACUCAGAUCCAGGCCUCUACACACUCUUGAUAUACGAUGGAACUCGUAUUUUGAAAUACAAGAUCGCUACAAGCAUAGUAUGGUGGGCCACGCCUCAAACAAGCAGCAAAAAUCACAGUGUUAACAGUUCUCUCACUACUGCUACGGGCCUAGAUUCAAUGGACUUUAGUAAUGGCGAAGGGGAAACUGCGGAGCUUGCUGCACAAUCGACUACUCAGGCUCUUCCCUUCACAAAACCACUCUACAUGUCAACGGUGAAAAUUCGCUACAACAAUCUCUGGUACACCUCGGUGGAGAAUGUGAUUGCUGCCAUUGAAGCUCAAUUCAAUCAGCCUAAUUCUCCAUACCAGCCUACAACAGUGGAACUGAAACCCAUUCUACGGGGUCCUAAGGCCAUUCCUUCACAGGAUUCAAUUUACAUGGCCAUCAGUUUCAACCGACGUCCACCCUCACCAGGAGCUAUUGUGGAAAUACAUGGUGAACUGUCACUUUGGGUGCCACAAAAGAAGAAAUGGAAACCUCUGUAUGCGUCGCUUGAUCGGGAGCAGAGUAUUAUCACCCUUACCGAUGGAGAUAAGCGAAAGCCUGAGAGGAUUGACCUCUCACGAUGUGACUUUUUCCCCGUUCAUCCUCUUAUGUUCGACAAAAAACACUGUUUUGGUCUGCUCCUUUCUUCGACCGGAGAACGUGAAGACUUCGUUUUCGCUGUUGAACCACCCUUCUCCUUUACUAGUUCUCAGACAGGUACUUCCACGAUGUCUUCUGUCGCCAGUCCUUUUACAGCCAACACCAAUCCCUCAAUUAUUUCUCUUCGUCCUCAACAUGGUUUUAACACUUCAACUGUCGGUACUACUACUACUAAUAACAGUAGUAGUAGCACCAGUGGUACUAUCGGUUUAAGCUCCAAUGCAAAUAAUAACAGCAGUGGAAGUGUAAGUAUUAACGGUGGUGGUUAUGUCAGUUUUCCGCCUGCCUCAGCUACAGCAGCCGCUGCUUCAGAACUUGAUCCACAGGCCUACGCGGGCAGGUUUGACACCACAGGAAAUCUUGACCUGGGUGCUUCUGGAUUUCCACGUUUUUGUGGCUUCGGUGAAGUACCCGGCUCAAUCUGGUCAAAGAUCCUUGGUUCUGCAAGCACUGUUGGUGUCAGUUCCAAUUCUAGUUCUACGGGCAGUUUCUCUGGGCCAGCUCCUAUCGAUCUGGCCUAUAUUCGGUGGUUAAAAUCCCUGGCUGCUCACUGUCGAAACACUCGGGCUGAUUCUGCGGUGGAUGCUGAUCCUGAGAGGCGAAGGAGUGAGGUUAGGUGUUUUCGCUCACUUGAAGUCAAGUUAUCGAAUGCCAAAUUGUUGCCAAUGCCACCAUCAUCUAGUCGUCGCGACGGUUGUGGAGUUUACUCGGUCACUGUGGAUGGUUUGGAAAUUGCUCGGGCCUACUCUGGGUCUUCUAAUCAGACAAUCACUUUUGAGGAGUUCCCCUUUGGCUACAAGAAAGUUGAGGUGACUUACCGGGAGGAUAAGAAGAAACGUCAAGCCUCCGUAGUGUUGGUAAAAUUGCAACUUGGAGCUCGUCGUCACAGUAGUGGCACCAGCACCAACAGUGGUGGUCAAGGAUUUUCUUUCGGUUCCUCUCCUAGUCUGGAGGUGGCGACACUGUUGGGGGCCAAUCGAGGAGUCCGGGGCGGUAGUAGUGGUGGUACUCCUGGGGCCGAUUCACCAGACGGGGGUCAGUCAUCUCUUAGCACUUCAUCGAUCUCCGUUUCACAAUCUGUUACUGCACAAUCUUUACAGCAACAGCAAGUUGCCUCGCAAAUAAAAACAACUCCGAUUUGCAGUUUCCAGGAGUCUGUCUCUCCUCAAGCCACAUUGAUUUACAGGGAACUUUAUGUCCUCCCUUUCCAGUAUUAUGAUAAGCUCAGAAAGGUUAUUACCUCUCAUUUGGAGACUGAGUUGGUCCCUGCCUGCACCUUUAUGUGGGCCGUGCUAGCCAGCGAUCAAAUCUAUUUUCAAUCCAGCCUCCUACUCGCUUGCAUUGAAUCCAAGCGUCAUUUAGAAUUGAUUGUCAAUCUACUCAAAGCCAACAUACCUGCUGACAAUCCCGCUUUCGCGUUUCGCUCCAACGGCUUGGGUCAGUUGAUAUUGGAGCAGUAUAUGAAUAUGGUUUGUUCGGAGUGGAGACAAAAGUGCUUCCGGAGAGUUUUUAAUGAGAUCGCCAAGGGACCACCUAACGCCACUGCGUCCGCUGUGAACAUCUCCACAUCUCCACCCCUACUGACAAAUGCAACAGUCGUGGCAGCAGCAGCGGGAGGCCGGUCGGUAAGAUUUUCUGCUUCAGCGGAGAAAUCUGUCUCAGAGGUCGGCGAAAUUUCCUCAUCUUCCGGGUCAGGUUCCUAUAGUAUCUCCUCAGUUUUCGGCGUAGUUCUCCUCUUUGUCGCUAUAUAA